UAUGUUUUGACGUUUACGCGCUGGGUUUGUUGAAGUUUUUCCGGCUGGAGAGCGGCUCAUGGAAAAGGAUGUUCGUUCGCAGGCUACAAAGGGUGAAAACCGGAAAAGCUACGACUGUGACACGUGCAGCAAGACGGUAUUCUCCAAGUCCCACAAACGGUUCCACGAUGAAGUGCAUCGAUCGGCGCGGUACGCCUGCCAAAGCUGCACCAAAACCUAUCUGCACAAGCGCGAUCUUGAGCUCCACAGAACGAAGGCCCACGACUCUCGGCACCACUGCACCAGGUGUAAGGAUUCCUUUGCCACGGUUGCCCAGCUUCAAGUGCAUAAGGACGAAAAGCACGCACCGAAGGAGAAGUUCAGCUGCCACCUCUGUCCGCUGCAGUUUACGCUGAAGGGAAACCUGACCAAACAUCUGAUCGUGCACAAGGGCGAGCGAUCGUACGUGUGCAAUGACUGCGGCAAAGGAUUUCUGCGCCCGAACGCGCUGAAACACCAUUCUCUUAGCCAUCGCACGAAGCGUUACCAGUGCCAAUCCUGCGGGAAGGAGUUUGUCGAUGCCCGUAAUCUCGAGCGGCACUUAAAGACGCACUCGAAACUGAAGGGAUACAAGUGCUCGCUGUGCGGCGUGACCAGCACAAGACGUGAUAAUAUCGUCCGGCACGCCAAAAGCUUGCACCCGGAAAGCGAUUUGAAGCAGAUCGUGCUUCCCAAUGGCAGUGUGACGGGGGGACAGGUGGAAGCUAUUAAGCGCGAGGCACAAAACAGUGCCAAACAGGCACCGCCCGUUGCGGUCGUACAAGCGAAUCGUAUCAGCGUGAUACAGGUCGUCGGUAAACCCAAAGAAUCGAUCAUUCAACCUAGUGAGAUACGUUCGGUUAGUGAGACCGACUCGAGAACAGCAAUCACCGCAAAGCCUUCCGACGUAUCCAAAGCCAUGCGGCUCGAUCAUCUAGAAAUCUAUCGAAAAAUCCUUAAACCGGCAGCAAACAAUACUAGUACUAGCAUCAGUAGCAACAUUGGCGGUAAUUUGAAUGCCAAUUGUACACCUUCAUUGGAAGGCGGCCAGCUGCCAGCCGAGAAUAACGCAUGUACGCACACAACACACGCAACACCAACCGCUGGUGAUCUCGCGACAUCCCCUAGUGCGCGGCAGACAAUCAAUGAAACAGGUGGUACCGGUAGUGGUGGCAGCAACGGUCUGGGAUCUAUUAAUAAUUUCUGUGAAGUUCACUGGCGUAAGCGAACCUCGCAGCAUUUCAUCACGAGCAGCAGGGCGCAAAGUGAUCAAGGGAUCGUCUAG